AUGAGUGUGUCAGGGUCGGAGAGCGGGGCCUCGGCCAACAAGCCCAAGUAUUCUAAAUUCACGCAGCAGGAGCUCCCGGCAUGCAAGCCGUUGCUAACUCCCGGAAUCGUCAUCGGCGCCUUCUCGCUCAUCGGCAUCAUCUUCGUCCCGAUAGGGCUCGCGUCCCUGUCAGCGUCGCAGGAGAUUGUUGAAUUGAUAGAUCGAUACGAUGAGGAGUGUGUCACCGCCAGCGACAAGAUCGGGUUCAUCCAGGACUCCAAGGCCAAUAAGGCGUGCACCAGAAAGAUCACGGUGCCCAAGCCGAUGAAAGGCCCCAUACACGUCUACUACCAGCUGGAGAACUUCUACCAGAACCACUGGCGGUACGUCAAGAGCCGGAGCGACCAGCAGCUGCGCGACAAGGACUACAAGGACCCCCAGGCGGUGAUCAAGGCCUGCGACCCGGAGGCCACCACCGGCGACGGCUCCCUCAUCGUGCCCUGCGGCCUCAUCGCCUGGAGCCUCUUCAACGACACCUACGCCUUCUCCGUCAACAAGAAGUCGGUGACGGUGAACAAGAAGGACAUCGCCUGGGCCAGCGACAAGAACAGCAAGUUCGGCAGCAACGUCUUCCCCGUCAACUUCCAGAAGGGCGGCCUCAUCGGCGGCGGCAACCUCAAUGACAAGCUACCUGUAUGCCACCAAGUGCAUGCAGAUAUAACAGCUUCUGACGCGGCAUUCUGA